AAAAUGUUUUCAACAUUGAUUAUAAUAAUAAAUGUUUCUUUGACGAAAAUCAGCAUAUUAGAAUGAUUUCUGAGGGAACGUUUCCACGCCUAGUAGUUUCCUUCAUUCAUGAAUUCCUUCAUGUCCACUAACUUCUGAUUGGCUGCUUGUUUAAAUGUUACUAUCAUUAUCCUGUUAUAAAUACUUGUUCUAUCAUAAACUAGAUAAAGAUGCCCGUAGUUUAGAAGCAGUUUAUGAAUAAGCCUUUGGAUGUUGAAAGGAGUCUUGUCUGGGUAAUUUGGCAAGAAGAGCCUUCAUUCAUUGACACAUGGCAAGCAUGACAUUUCAAAGAAUUCAAAACAGACGCCACCCUCAAGCAAAAGCUUAACGGAUAAUGGCAUUUAAGUUGAACUCUUAGCUCCUUAUAGACGGCAUUAGAGCACUGGUGCUUCCUCCUGCCUGUCUCUUUAUACUUAAAUAGGGUAGAUUUAACUUCAGUAAAGCUCUGAGAUUUACAGGCGCUCUGUACAGUUGCUAUCCUCCUCUAGGAGGAUAGUGGAGGACUGAGAGGAUGUUCAGCUAUCAGAGUAACAGGAGACAGAGCCUCUUUCCCAACUGCAAACUAGCAACCUCUGAGUCAGCAGACGACGUCAUUCCCUUCGCCAAAGAGUGUUUGGUGAAACAGUGGAGCUCUUUAAGCGAACUACAGACGGAUAUCUAUGACAUCUUUGGUGAGGUUGACGAUGGGGAGGUUGAGAGGCAUUCGGAGCCUUCGUUAUGGUUUACCAGCAUAUCGCCAAGCAGGAAUUGCACGCUCAACAUCAACGUUGGAGGAAAGUCCUACCGCAUCACCUACAAAAUGGCAGCGAGAUACCCACAGAGCAGAAUUGGCCGUCUGGCCAUCUACACCGACCAUAACAUGAAGCUGAACCUCUGCGAUGACUACGUCGUGAAGGACAACGAAUAUUUCUUCGACCGAGAUCCUGACGUCUUCAACAGCAUCUUCAACUUCUACAGGACCGGUGUGCUGUGGAUCAAGGACGAGCUUUGUCCAAGGAACUUCUUAGAGGAGAUCAAUUAUUGGGGCAUUCGGAUCAAAUACUCUCAACGGUGCUGUCGGAUCCUGCUCGAGGAGAAACAUGACGAAUUGUGCGAACAGCUCAAGGUUGAGAAGGAACUGGAGGCGGAGCUGGAAAUCGAAGAACACGAGGAGGCAUUCGACGACAUGUUUCUCGGCAAGACGCGACGGUCACUUUGGAACGUCAUGGAGAAACCGUUCUCCUCGGUACCGGCGAAACUCAUGGCGGUCGCCUCGAGUAUGUUUGUGCUGGUGUCGCUGGUUACGAUGACUCUGACUACGGUGGAAGAAAUGGAGAACAUGGCAUCUACUAACCAGCUCAGUGGCAAGACAUACGGAGAGUUUGUAGAGACUGUGUGCAUAACCUUCUUCACCGCCGAGUACCUGUUGCGUCUGGUUUCAACCCCAGGUAUCAGUCGCUUCGUUAAGAGCAUACUGAACACGGUAGACCUCAUGGCCAUCCUACCGCAGUUUCUGCAGUUCUUGCUCGAGAGCUUUGAGACCUUCGGUUCUGGGAAAGAAAAUGCUGACAUGGAGACUGUAGGGCAGGUGAGCAAGGUUGGACAAGUGCUGCGAAUCAUGCGACUCAUGCGUAUUUUCCGGGUUUUGAAACUGGCACGUCACUCCACGGGGCUGAGAGCGUUUGGCUUCACGUUGAGGCAGUGCUAUGAGCAGGUGGGAUGUCUCUUUCUCUUUAUCGCCAUGGGGAUCUUCACAUUCUCCGCCAUGGUUUAUAGUGUUGAACACGACGUCCCUAAUACCAACUUUACCAGUAUUCCACAUUCUUGGUGGUGGGCAUCUGUGAGCAUCUCUACUGUAGGCUACGGUGACAUGUAUCCAGAGACCCUUCUGGGGCGGAUAUUUGCUUUUGGCUGCAUUUCCUUUGGGAUCAUUUUGAAUGGCCUUCCAAUCUCCAUCCUCUUCAACAAGUUCUCAGAUUACUACGCCAAAUUGAAGUCUCACGAAUACACUUCCAACAUGAAGAACAGAGGGAAGGUUAACUUCAUCCUGAGAGCCAAGAAGAAACUAAAAGAGUGUGGCUGCAUCGAAACUAAUGACACUAAUUUCGUAGACACUUGAUUUCCCAAAAAUGUGCACAUUAUUUUAUUGUUGGCAUUGUUAAGAUGUACUGAAUCUUGUCUGAAUGGGAUUAUUUUCUAAAAAGCCUUUUAUAUAAAAGUGCCAAAUGAAACACAAGUAUUAAGUAACACUGAUUUACAGUAAAAGAUGAAGAGAUAUACUUACUGUCUGUAAUUCCUCAUCUCCUGUUCCUUGUGCAUUAUCGAUUGUUUAGUUUUCAUAGCAUGAACGCAUCUUUGGUAAUGAAGGUGUACUACAGCAAUACAGUACAUUUUAAUGUUUGGACAUCAUGUUUUUGUAAUUUGUUACCACUGUUUUACUCUUUUUAAAUAUUUUCUGCUAUUCGCCUGGUUACAGAAGCACAUUUAGCCACAUAACACUGACGCUGACCUGCAUUAUCCUCAAAGUUUAUGUGUUAACUUACCUGCCCUUUUGAACUCGAUCUGUCCGACAACCACAAUAGAAGAUUAAUCUAAUUUACAAAUAGCAUUAAUCUAAUUUACGAAGUUCCCAUGACGUGUCCAAUUAACGGAAUUAACACUGUUUUUAGCCUCUAGAGGCCCAGCGACUGCUUAUUUAUUCCCAGCAAUUUCUCUGAGACUA